AUGGGAUUGGUGUUCUUCACGAGUGUCACUAUGCUACUGCUCUCUACUCUGCUAGCACCUUGUGCUUAUUCUCUGCAAAGUCAAGUCCAGCCAUCGACCAAACUAGCUAGCAGAGCAGCAAAGAGAGAAGUUCAAGCAUCUCAGUUCCAUGCACUACCAAGAAAGCUCCGACUGGCUGAAAUGGAAGCUACUGUUGUAGGACAAGAAGGCCAAGAUUCAGCACCUGAACACAAGAAUGUUAACGUUCUAGCUGCAGGUACUAAUAAACCAUUGAUCCAUAAAGAAGGAGAAUUUGUAGAGGUGAUGAACAGAAGCAGUUCAGGGACAUGGCAGGAAUGGACGGAAGGCGACGACGAGGACACAUCGGCGUUCUUCACAAUGGACUACUCCAAAGUGAGAAGACGACGCCCGAUACACAACAAGUCCUUAAAGCCAAAGGCAGCAGGAAACCCAUGAAACAGGCGGCAUGUUUCGUCUGUA